AGAAGGAGUGACGUCGAUGACAGAGUGAGAUGAACGUCCGCGCAGAAGUCUGAGCAGAAGACAGAACGGCGGCCAUUUUUCUUCUGACAUUAACGUAGCUACUUGAAACUCGUGGUGCUAUUUGCCGUGCGGAACUAUCUCUUUCCCUCCUUCCCUCGUUCUCUCUCUUUCUGUCUCGCGAAGGUGAACCGACGACGACGAAGGAAAGAGCACCGUGUGCGACGAGCAUAACCGCAACGACGACGACGACAACGACGACAGUGGUGGUCCGGAUCUGUUUGUGCAGUGAAUAUCAAAAGAUAAAAACCGAGUGUUCCGAUAACGAUAAGAACAGACGUCAGUGAUAGAUCGUGACUGCUCGUCAACGACGACGACGACGACGGCGGCGGCGGCGACAGCGACAGCGGCGGCGGAGGAGGAAGAGGAGGAGAAGUGACGGAGUGAGUACUCUCGCGCGAACGUGCGAUCCGAACGUGCGAUCGUCAGUCGCGCACGGUCGAGUGAAAAGGAGAUCGCUGUCGGGAAUCGCGAUUGACAGAUCGGAUUAGUACGUACGACAUAACGGGCUUAACGAUCGCGAGGAGUCGGAGUGACAUUGACCACGGCUGCGGGAAGAACAGGAACGACGACAGUGGUGGUAGCGACGACGACGAGGAAGAGGAGGGCCACGACGACAGCUAUAAUACUUCGCUUUGGUGUACGACAAUCCACGAGCACGUAGACCACGACAUCAAGUCGUGGAAAUAUAGCAUCCUUCCUCCCGCGUGCAGGAGGUUCCCUCUUUCUCUCUCUUUCUACCUACCUCUUUGGGACGAGGAGACGAGGAGGAGGAGGAGGAGGAGGACGUCGUGAUAUCACUCGUUGAUAUCGCAUUGUCGUACGGAGUCACGCGCCACCGCAUACAUCAGCAACAGCGCCACCGGGAUGGAGAGGCGAGCCGCUUUUGUGCUGCUAGGGAUGCUAUAUUUAGCGGUGGGCACCCUCGACAUGGUCCAGGCAGUGAUAUACACGGGACCGAUGAUGGUGCACGAGGGACAAGUUUGGAAGAUUGAGUGCAAUGACUUGAAGGAGGAUGAUCUCAUUAGAUGGACCAGGAACGGUCAGACCCUAGAACCUGAACUGUCCAGCGGUCAACUGGUUGUCUUAUCAAAAGCUGGCACCAGUAGUAGCAUGCUUUCGGCGAAUCAAGCGACGGAUAGCCACGACGGAGAUUACAAAUGCACACCCGACAGUUCCGAUUCUUUCCAUCUCACGAUAUAUUCUGAUAUUAGGAUUAAAGUACUUACGCCGAAGGAUGUACCUUUGGUGCUCGAAUGUACAAACAGAAGCGCCGGUGAUAAGGUGCAGUGGCUGAGAGAGAAGACACCGCUGACAACAUUGCCUGGUAACGAAGAUAUCAAGAUUGAUAACGAGACAGGUACCCUGGAGAUUUUGAAGGACAAGGAAGAGGUUUACGGUAAUUACACUUGUAAAGCAGCAAACUCCACAACAGAGUAUAGAGUCGUACCAAGGCCAACAGCGCACUUGGCCGAAUCUACCAGCGUGGUAGAGGGCGAAAAGUUACAUUUGGUGUGCGGCGGAAAACUGAGCCCCGGCAUAAAGGUAUCUUGGACCUUCGGAGAUAAGAAUUAUACGCGUAGCAAGGAUCGCGUAAAGAUUUCCAAGGAUCAGGAGAGGGGUAUCUAUGGUGCCGUCCUAACUGUCGACAACAUCGAGAUGAACGAUCGCGGUCACGUUAUCUGCAGGGUGUCAUAUAACUGGUCCGAUACCGAAGCGGAACACUCAUCGGAGGCCGAGACAUUUCUCAGGGUCAAGGAUAGACUCGCCGCGCUCUGGCCUUUCCUAGGCAUUUGCGCAGAGGUAGUCGUUCUGUGUGCCAUCAUCCUAGUUUACGAAAAGAAGCGGAACAAAGCCGAGCUUGAGGAAUCAGACACCGAUCAAAGUCCUGAUACUAAACCGACGCCCAACAAGGAAUCCGACGUCAGGCAGAGGAAGUGAAAACGAUGAAGGAUGAUAAAAAUAAGUGAGAGCGAUGCGAUUGAAAUGGGAAUCAUCGUGCGUGAAGAGUGACUACAAUAGAGAUUGACAACGGGAUACGAUUUUGGAUAUGAAGAACGUGUAUCAAACGUCGCAAAACGUGAAAUAGACACUGGCAAAUGAACAGCAGCGAGCUCGAGUGGGCCAUUCAUAGUGCACACCUGCGUGAAAACAGGCUUGUGCAACAAAUGCUUACAAAAAGCAGGAUCACAAGUUACUAACAAAUUAAAUUAAGCCUUAUUACGGUGUUCACUCCAUUUAUCAGAUGUUCGCCUGUUCGUAUUCUUUAACUACACUGCUUUGACCGACGGAGAGGGAGGGGGAGAGAGAGAGAGAGAUAGUAUAUAUGUGUCGAUACAAGUUAUGUCCAAGUGCCGAUGACACGAAUACGUACCGGAGAUUUAAGGAUGGUAAUGGGCGAGAAAGAGCAAAAUAAUGCAUGCGUGAGUGACAAAAAAAACUAACAAGAAAACGGAGACCGAUAGAUUUUUAAAAAAAGCAGAGAUAAGACAGCGCGUCCGCCGAAUGCGUGUAUGUACGUGAUCACAAGUUCUCCAGGAGACAUCCGACAUACAUAUACACGUACAGUACCAGAGUUCCAGUCGUGGGUUUGUUCGUCGCAUUACAUUUUCCCGUUCCCGUUGCGCGCGUGCUAUUCGUACUUACAUUCGGCGGGCGCGUGUCGCAAGAAUAUUAGAUUCGCGUAGAAUAUCGUUUAUCAGACUUCGCACGUGUGAACGAAGAAAAAAAUAAACUUUAUGGUAGAGCCAAAAAUAUGUGCUCGAUACUAGUUACGUAAUGAUAGGAACGCGGACAGUGCGUGCGAGCAACGUCGCAAUUGACUUCCGGAUAUAUAUGCUCGCGUAUAUAUUUGGAGAUCACGAGAGAGAGAGAGCGAAAGAAAUUAUCGGGAUUACAAGAGAGAAGAGAAGAGUUUACCUUCGGCGUCGCCUUAUACCGUACGAUGUAUUCCAUCUCUCCUGGUGAUAUCCUGGAAGUCUGGCUGCACGCGAUGCCGUUGUUAACGACAUUAAUGUAAUUAAUACUGUAAUAUUAUUGCCAUCGUUAUUACUGCUUACAACCAUCGUUAUUAUUACAAGUAUUAUAUCGUUAAUUU